AUGGGUAUACUGUGGAAUGAGCCUCUCGCUCCCGUCGCUCGCUCGCGGUCAAGCUAUGCUGAUCCCUCCGUCAGAAUAUGCCUGGGCCAGUUCAACGCUGGUAAGGGGAGUCACACCGAGUUUUGUCUGCAAGCCUGCUCUAUUGUUGAGAGUUUCGGUGCCAUGUUGAAGGGAGUUGAGAAAUAG